GGAGCUGUUGCUGCAGACUAACUUCACUUCCUCAGCUCAGCAGCAGACCAGCUCCUCCCUCCAGAACCAACUAUGGCCAGCAAACUUGCCCAAAAUGCCUGCCAAUCAAACACAUACAAUAACGAUGUACUCCGGAUUGUGAUGGUGGGGAAGACCGGAGCUGGGAAGAGCACCACAGGAAACACCAUUCUGGGAAAAGAGUUCUUUAAAUCAGAGUUCUCUUUUAAAUCCUUGACUGUAAACUGUGAAAAGGUCUGUGGUGAAGUUGAUGGACAAAAAGUUGCUGUUAUUGACACUCCUGGUCUGUUUGACACCAAGAUUGAUGAAAAGACGACCAGAAAGAACAUUUGUAAGAGCAUUUCAUUUGCUUCUCCUGGACCCCAUGUCUUCCUGAUCGUCAUCAAAGUGGGCAGAUUCACAGAGGAAGAAAAGCAGACAGUGCAGAAGAUUCAGGAAAUCUUUGGAAAGGAAGCCGACAGAUACAGCAUGGUUCUCUUUACCCACGGUGAUCUGCUCAAAGGGAAACCUAUCGAAGAGUUAUUGGAGCAAAGUGAAGAGCUGCGGGAACUGGUGGCCAGAUGUAAAGGGCAGUACCACGUCUUCAAUAAUGAGGAGGAGGAUCGUUCUCAGGUCAGAGAGCUGCUCGACAAGAUCAGAAAUAUAGCAGUGAAGAACGGAGGAAGCCAUUACACCACUGAAAUGUUCCAGAAGGCAGAGAGGGCCAUAGAAGAGGAGAAACAGAGAAUCCUUAAACAGAAAGAAGACGAAAUACGCAAACAGGAAGAGGAAAUGGCAAAAAAGUAUGAGAAACAAUUAAAUGAAGCCAAAGAUGACAUGGAGAGGAUGCAAAAUCUAAAAGAAGCUAGUGAAAGAGAAAUGGAGGGGAGAGUUGGAUAA